AUGUCGCAAUCAGCCCUCCUCAUCGGAGAAAUAUCACAUGCGCGCAAGGAAUGGGAGAGUCUCUCCUCGAAGUUGACAUUGAAGGAAUUCCCCAGCGGAACACGGGAGCGGUUCAUCGAGAACUGUAAGGCGGGCCACUAUGAUGAUGUAGUAGCUCUCUACCGGUCUAAUACUUCCACGAAGUACACCGGUCCCUUCAAUGCAGAGAUGGUCGCCGUCCUGCCCAAGUCGCUGAAGUAUAUUUGCCACAAUGGUGCCGGAUACGAUAACAUCGACGUCGCUGCUUGCUCAGAGAGAAACAUUGCCGUGUCUAGCACACCUGUCGCGGUCAAUGAUGCGACUGCCGAUGUAGGCAUCUUCUUGAUGAUUGGUGCGCUGCGCCAGGCUCAUGUGCCUAUUAUGGCUCUUAGGGAAGGGGGAAAGGAAGAGCGUGCCACGCUCGGCCAUGAUCCUAAGGGCAAGGUCCUUGGUAUUCUGGGUAUGGGAGGUAUCGGCCGGGAAAUGGCCAUCCGCGCCAAAGCUUUCGGCAUGACGAUCCAAUACCACAACCGCUCCCGGCUACCAGCGGAACUGGAAGGCGGCGCAACUUACGUUUCCUUCGAUGAGUUGCUUGCCAAUGCAGACGUGCUCAGUUUGAACCUCGCGUUGAAUGCUUCAACACGCCAUAUCAUCGGUGCCACUGAGUUCGGCAAGAUGAAGGAUGGUGUUGUGAUUGUCAACACGGCGCGUGGAGCGCUGAUUGAUGAGAAGGCGCUUGUUGCGGCGCUUGAGUCUGGCAAGGUGCGCUCUGCUGGUCUGGAUGUGUAUGAAUGCGAGCCUGAGAUUGAACCUGGUCUUGUGAGCAACCCUCGUGUUAUGCUGUUGCCUCAUAUCGGUACCAUGACCUAUGAGACUCAGAAGGAGAUGGAGAUUUUGGUGUUGGAUAACUUGCGGUCGGCGGUUGAGAAGGGGGAGUUGAUUACACAGGUGCCUGAGCAGAAGAAAUAG